UGCUCCCUUGUGCUCUCUCGUCCAAUGGGAGGCCGCCGUGGCCCGUGUGGAAAGUUUACCGGCUCGGGUGCAAAGUUUCAGCCGUCUGCAAAGCGGAGCUCGUCGGCAGACGCGUCUGGAAUAUGCUGGUGACGUCCGCGGGGUUUUCACACGGUUCCUUGACUCCAGUAACCCCCGUGAAUUCCGCUCCUGUAGAUGCAGCCUCACCCUUAGGACGCCGGGGAAGCGCUAUCUCUCUGUGAACUUGAAUCGACGAACGACCACCAGGAAACAAAAAUGGCCUGUGUGCCCAACCGUGCCCGGCUGCUAUGUAUGCUCUCGCUGACUUUCAGCUUCUUCAUCGUCGAGGUGGUGGUCAGCCGCCUCACCUCUUCCCUCUCGAUGCUCUCGGACUCCUUCCACAUGCUGUCGGACGUCAUCGCGCUGGUCGUGGCUCUGGUCGCGCUUCGGUUCGCCGAGAAAACCCAGUCGACCAAGAAGAACACCUUCGGCUGGAUCCGGGCGGAGGUGAUGGGGGCUCUGGUCAACGCCGUCUUCCUCACGGCGCUGUGCUUCACCAUCGUCCUGGAGGCCGUGGAGCGCUUCAGCGAGCCCCACGAGAUCGACCAUCCGGUGGUGGUGGCCGGGGUGGGCGCCGCGGGGCUCCUCGUCAACCUGCUGGGGCUCUGCUUGUUCCACGGGCACGCCGGGGGAGGCCACGGGCACUCCCACGGGGGACACUCUCACGGGGGCAAGGGGAAGAGGGGCAAAGCCGAGAAGUUCCAGAAGGCUGGGAACGGAUCGGCGGCCGAGGAGACCAACAACCUGGUGGGGAACCACAGCAGUCCGAGAAGCGAUGUCGGCUGUAAAGACGCGCUGGAGGUGCAGAUGAACGGCAACGCCCGCUUCGACGAGCUGGACCACGAGGCCGACCAGGACUCGUCGGCGCAGCUCAACAUGCGCGGCGUCUUCCUGCACGUGCUGGGCGACGCGCUGGGCUCCGUCAUCGUGGUGGUCAACUCCCUCAUCUUCACCUUCGUGUGGAAGCCCUGGCGGGACCGAAGCUGCGUGAACCCGUGCAUCAACAGCCACGCCACGGACCACCAGCACGUCAACCACACCGUGGUGGGCCUGGCCGAGCACAGGAGCGAGGAGGCGGGCCCCUGCUGGGUGCUGUACCUGGACCCCACGCUGUGCAUCAUCAUGGUGUGCAUCCUGCUCUACACCACCUACCCGCUGCUGAAGGAGUCGGCGCUCAUCCUGCUGCAGACCGUGCCCAAGCAGAUCAACAUCCACCGGCUCAACGAGCGGCUGCUGGGCCUGGACGGCGUGCUGGCCAUCCACGAGCUGCACAUCUGGCAGCUGGCCGGCAGCCGCAUCAUCGCCACCGCGCACAUCAAGUGCCACGACCCCACGUCCUACAUGGACGUGGCCAAGCGCAUCAAGGGCUUCUUCCACGACGAGGGCAUCCACGCCACCACCAUCCAGCCCGAGUUCGUCACCUUCAGCUCCGAGUCCCGCGACUCGCUCUGCGAGCUCUCCUGUCGGACUCAGUGCGCGCCCAAGCUGUGCUGCGGCUCCGCCGACAAGCAGAAAGCCGACGCCAAGGCGCCGCCCUCCUCCGCCCUGGAGGUGAUCAGCGAGGCCGGCGAGCAGGCCGGCGGCGUGGAGGCGCGGCCCCGCAGCGAGGAAGAGGCCGCCGUGGCCCGCGAGGUGGAGUCGUCUCUGUGAAACGGACCGAGGGGACGAAGCUGAAGCGUCGCCGUCAUUUCCAGGAAGCUGUGUUGUUGUUUUUGUUGAGCCGCCGUGGCUCUGGUUAGAGAUUAAUUUAUUCCUCCUGAUUCCUUUUAC